UGCACGUACAUCGUAGUUAUAUUCCUUGAAAAACGUUGAAGCAAUUAAGUUAUAAAUAGAAGAAUUUACAAUAUUUUGAUUAAAUGAAGAAUAUAAUAUUUCUAUAAUGAUUCAAGAUUGUUCAUAAAUAAUAAAAUCAAUGUUUGUAAGAAUGCUGGUUUAUGACACUUGAUAUUGCGCGGCUAUUUGAAUAAAUAUAUAAUCUAUAUGUACUUAGAUCAUAAAUACUUUUGAAAUCAUGGAAAAUAAUAUAAACAAUGAACGAAAAAGAAAAUCUACAGAAUUAGAUGAAUUUCAAUCUAAACGUAUAAAAGAAAAAGAGAAUACUUUUCAUUUUACAGAAGAAUGUAAAACAGGAAAAAUAAAGAAAAUUCUAAUACGAAAUUUCAUGUGUCAUGAUGCUUUGGAAGUGACAUUAAAUCCAAAUGUAAAUUUUAUUAUUGGUCGUAAUGGAAGUGGUAAAAGUGCAAUAUUAACAGCUUUAACAAUUGGUCUUGGUGCUAGAGCAAAUGUUACUAGUCGUGGAGCAUCUGUGAAAAGCUUUAUAAAAAAGGGAAAAAAUACGGCAACUAUUGAAGUAACUUUAUUUAAUAAAGGAUCUAUGGCAUAUAAACCUGAUAUUUAUGGUGAUUCAAUAAUAGUUUUUCGAAGUAUUGGAACUACAUCAUUUUAUAAAUUAAAGAAUUGGAAAGGAGAAGUGGUUUCAACAAAACGAACUGAAUUAAUUAAUAUAUUACGAGCAAUGAAUAUUCAAAUAGAUAAUCCUAUUUCUAUAUUGAAUCAAGAUAUAUCAAGAACAUUUUUAGUAUCAUCCAAACCAGAAGAAAAGUAUGAAUUAUUUAUGAAGGCAACAUUAUUAGAUAUUAUUGGUAAUAAUUACAAAGAAGCUGAAUUGAUAUGUGAACAAGAAUAUGAAAAAUUGAAACAAUAUAACGAAAUUUUAUCAGAAGCUAGAAAAGAAGUAGAACAACUUAAAAUAAACAUAAAAAGAGCAGAAGAAAUCGAUAAAUUCCGUAAUGAAGUAAUUACACUUGAAAUGGAAUUAUUUUGGGCAAUUGCUAUAUCUGAAGAAAUCAAAUUGCGAAAGGUUGAAGAAGUUUUGAAAAAAUGUGAAGAUAAUUUAAAACAACUUCAAGACACAGAAUUAUCUGCAGAAUCAAAAGAUGAAGAAAUGAAUAAAAAUAUUCAAAAAUUGAAAAAAGAAAUUAAAUCUGCAGAAGAGGAAGUUAAUAAUAAUUUUGAAAUAUAUAAUAAAGCAAAACAAGAAUAUAAUAUAAACAAAAAUACACAUUCAAUAAAAGUACGAGAAUGGCGUUCUAUUCAAAAUAAAAUUAAAAGAUUAGAAGAUGAUAUUAUUACACUUCGAAAAGAAAUUCAACGAUUGGAAAGUGGUGAUAAUACAGAACAAAAUGAAAAAAAUCAAAUAAAACAGCAAUUAAUUAAUUUAGAACAAAAAUUAGAUGAAACUGAAGCAUUAUUAAGGACUAAGCAAACUUAUCAAAUGCACUUAGAAACUGAUAAAAUGCGUCUUUUGAAAGAAAUUCAAGCAUCAAAAAUUGAAAUCAAUAAUUGUGAAAAACGCAUAGAGAGAAUUAAGUUAGAUUUAAAUACAAGGAAAAAAUAUUCUGAUAAUAUAUUAACUAUAUUUGGUCGAAAUAUACCACGUCUUUUGAGAAGAAUUGAAGAGGAAUAUAGUAAUGGAAAUUUUAAAGAAAAACCACGAGGUCCACUUGGGGCAUAUAUAAAAAUGAAAGAUCCAAUAUGGGCUCCAGCUGUUGAAAGUUAUUUAGGAGCAAAUACUUUUAGUACAUUUUGUGUAGACAAUAGUCAUGAUGCCAAAGUAUUAAAUGCCAUUAUGAAAGAAAUUUAUUUGAAUGAAAGAACUCCACAGAUUAUAUGCAGUAAAUUUUAUAAUGCUGUUCAUGACGUUCGUGCACAUUGUACUAGAUCACCAUAUUUUUCUAAUCUUUUGGAUGCAAUGGAUAUAUCAGAUCCAGUUGUAGCUAAUUGUUUAAUAGAUCAACGUGAAAUUGAAUGUGUUUUAUUAAUUCCAACUAGUAAAGAAGCAGCUGAAAUCAUGUCAGAUGUUUCCAAAGUUCCAGGAAAUUGCAAAAGAGCUUUUACUCAACAAGGUGAUAUGUUUUAUCCAGAUCCACAUUAUAGAAGUUAUGGUGGAUCGCGUGGUUUAAAAGCUAGAUUUCUUCAAGUUUCUGUUACAGAUACUAUUAAUGCAUUGGAAGAAGAAAUUCGUAUAAUAGAUAAUGAAAAAAAUACUAUUACAAAAGCAUAUAGAAUAGCUUGUGAAAAAGAAAAACGUACAAGUUCUGAAUUAAGCUCUGUUAGUGCAAAUGUGACAAAACUUCAUGCUAUUCAAAAUCAAUAUAAAUCAUUAAUUAAUGAUCUAAAAGAUAAAAUUGAAGCUAACGAAACUAUAUCUGUAACAGUGUUUAAAAAUGAAUUAAAUGAAUUAGAAAAAAAAUUACAUGAAGAAAAAUAUGAAGAAGCAAAUUUGAAUAAAAGUGUUCUCAAAUGUCAAAAAAUAGUUGAAUCUUUAGAAGAAGAAAUUAAACGCCAUAGAGAAUUAAGACAAAAUUUAGAUUUGAAAAUUAUACCUUUGAAAGAAAAUAUAAAAGAAUUGGAAAAUGAAAAAGAAGCAUUGCAUGUAAAGACACGUUACACUGCAAAAAAACUGCAGACAUUACAUCAAGCUUUACAGAAUGCAGCAGCUGAAUUUGAACAACAACAAAGAUGUACAAACAAAGCUGUAUCUGAUGCUACAGAUCGAUGCAAUAGAAUAGAUACAUCAAGAUCAAUUAACGAACUUGAAAGAUUAUCUAAAGAUUUAAAAAAUAAAAUUUUUGAAAUAGAACGACAAUUCGGUACUAUUGAAGAAUUACGUAAAGAAUUAAAAGAAAAGGAAGCAAAAUGUGGCAAAGAUUUACAUUUGGCUUCCAAAAUUGAGAAAAAUUAUCAAUUACAUCUAAAACGACUAGAAACUCGAAGAGAUUUAUUUUCUAAUAUGAAACAAAAGUAUGGAGAAAAUAUUAGAAAUUCAUUUUCAGAUGUUCUCGCUUUACGAAAUAAAAAAGGGAUUAUAAAAAUUGAUCACGCACGAAAAGUACUUGAACUUGAAAUACAUUCGCCAAACGAUAAUAAAAAACCAAUGAAUGAUGCAAGAUCAUUAUCAGGCGGUGAAAGAUCAUAUUCGACUGUCGCUUUUAUUUUAGCUCUUUGGGAUUGUACUGGUUUACCUUUCUAUUUCCUUGAUGAAUUUGAUGUUUUUAUGGACAAAGUAAAUCGGCGAGUCAUAAUGGAUAUUCUUUUGGAUCAUACUAAAACACAUCCACAAAGUCAAUUCACUUUUUUGACUCCCUUAGAUACAUCCAAUGUUUUUGCAGAAGAUUAUGUAACAAUACAUAAGCUAGCUUCUCCAGUAAGAGGAAAUCAAGAAUAAAAAAACAAAACAAACCAAUUUUUUCUUAAAAUAUGAUUUAUAUUAUUAUUUAUGAAUAUUAUAUUAAUAUACAUUAUUAUAGUUAUGAUUAAAAGACAAAAUACUUUAUAAUUAGAUUUUAAAAAAUAAUGCUUGUUCUAUUAUAUUAAUUAGAUUAUAUGAUUAUUAGAAUUACAAAUACAAUAAGGACAAAUCUUAAUCAAUUUACAUGAAAGUAUAUAUCUAAAAUAUCUAAUUUUGA